AUGCCUUCGAUCCUCGAAUAUGCUUCUUGGCUUUCCGAGCGGGAGAGAAAGGGGUGGACAACAGGAGCGUACUACAAGACAUUGGAUGACUUUCACCUGGUUCUUUUAUGUCGCAAGUACACUCAAGAUAUACAAAAGAUCAAUCCAGCACUAGAAAAACUCUCGUCCGGCAACUACAUCGAACGGAUUGACAACGGAUCUUCUGGGACAUCCUUUGAAAACGCGUCGAAUCCCAACGAGGUCGAUGUUCACUCCAACAGCAAGACCUUUUCAGAAAUACCUGAAGAAGAUACGGAAGGUGGAGAAUUGGCCGAGCAGACGCACUUGUUUGCGAAGUUUACAUGCUCCUACAAGAUCUGGGAUUUCUUGCAGCAGGUUGAGAAAGGGCAGAUCGCUUCCUUUCCUCAAAAUGAUAUGAUCGAUGGUGCCUUUGUGUUCUCUGACCUGAGCGGCUUCUCCAAACUCUGUGAGUCCUAUGUGGACAAGUUCUCGGGCAGACACUCGGCGGAAGCCAUGGCCAAGGCGUCGGAGAAGCUCAACCUCGUUGUCAACUCAGUCUUUGAGCUUCAAAUUCGGCUGGUGGACUUGUACAACGGAGACGUCGUGAACUUCGCGGGGGAUGCGUUGUUCGUGCUCUUCCAUGCCGACGACAUCGCCACCGCAGCCCAGCGCGCUGCUGCAUGCGCUCUUGCCAUGUUGGAUGGAGUCGCACAGCGUUUGAAGGCGAUGGAGGAGAUGGGGAUGGAUGAGCUUGACACCCAGCUCUUCCUGCACAUCGGAGUCGGAGCUGGGAAGAUCCGCUGCAUGACAUACGGAGGAGAGUUCGACAAGGCCGAGUUCGUGGCGGCUGGACCAGCAUUGACGGAGGCAAAGGACUGCGGAGAGCUGGCCAAGUGUGGAGAGGCGGUGAUCUCCGAGACUGUCUUGAACCUAUGCAAACCCCUCUCCCCUGAUGUCGCUCAGAUCGGGCAGUCGCGGAUGGCUGGCGUGGAUGGGCUGGGCGAGACGAACUACUAUGUCCUCAACAGCUUCAAGGAGCAGCCGAAGAUGCCGGAAGUGACGGCAAGGCAGAUGCUCCUGAACAGGCUGAGGAACUGCGAUAGCGGAGAAGUAGAGGAGGCGAUGCGGCGAUUCGUGCCUCACAGCAUCUCUGCUUGCGUGGACUCUGGGCAGUCGCCCAAGGAAGCGGAGGAGAGUCGAAGAGUGACUAUCAUGUUCAUCCGCCUGCUGGAUAUCGAAUGUGAACCCUUCGACUACUCCAAGGCCGAGACUGUCCAGCUGUUACAGAAGUGCAUCCUGGAGAUCUACGCGAUGCUGCAUCGGUAUGAAGGAACCGUCUCUCGCUUUCAGAUCGACGACAAGGGGACGGUGUUGAAGAUUGUCUUCGGUUUCCCUCUCAUGGCACACGAGGACGAUCCCGUUCGGUCUGUGCACGCGGCGAUUGAAAUCAGGAAAAAUCUCAAGGCCAUCAACGUGCAGAGCUGCAUCGGCAUUGCGACAGGAUACACAAUCUGCGGGCUUGUUGGAAACGACGUCAGACUUGAGUACACAGCAGUUGGAAGCUCGGUCAUCCUAGCGGCAAGGCUGAUGCAGAACGCCAACUGCUGCAUCCUCGUUAACCAGGACACCUACCGCUCCUCCUGCGGCUCGGCAGUUUUCGAGAAGAUCUGCUCGAUCAAGGUCAAGGGAAGGGACGACAAGAUCAAGGUCUUCCGGCCGGUGGAGAGCGAGCGGCGAAUUACCAAGAAGUUGGCGCCCAUGCACGACUCCGAGGGGAUCCUGGGAAGAGACAAGGAGGUGGAGGAGCUCCGCAGCAGCUUCUUCGAGUACCUCGAGCAGCACGCUGCUGACAACACCUGCCCCAGUCACUACGUCGUCCUUUCCGGCCCAGCUGGGAUUGGAAAAGCAACUCUGCUGGGCAGGUUUCUGGGGCUCGUCACUGAGAUCAAGAAUCUGCGCAUUCUGAAGUCUACAGCAGAAGCGGUGGAAAGCAAGACACCGUACCACCCAUGGAAGAAAGUUCUCGCCUCCCUCCUCGGGGUUGAUAUGAACACGAAGCCGACGCAGUUCACAACGAGAGCAUGCGUCACCGCCCUCUACAACAUCAUGGGCGACGACCUCGAGAAGCACUCCGCACUCAACGACGUCCUGCCCACCAACUUCCCAGCUGAGCGAGGAGCAGACGCUCUCGACUCCCGUAGCAGGAGGCUAAAGCUGACGGAGAUCCUGGUGAAGCUCUUCAAUGCCACAGCUGAGAAAUCUCCAGUGCUGAUUGUCAUGCACGCCUGCCAGUUCUUUGACAACAGCUCCAGCUCUCUCCUUCGCCAGAUCCUCCGAAGGUGUAAGGGCACCUACGUCCUGGUUUCAACUCGCAGUGAGACAGGACUAGCUGACUUCAACGAUCUGGGCAAGUACGGCUGCAAGACCAAGCUGCUCCCCCUUCUCCCGCUCUCCAAGGAGCUCUCCAUCCAGCUCGUCAAGAAAACUCUCGGGGUCUCCGAGCUGGAGCAGAGCAUCGUCGACGUGGUCAUGAAUCGCACGCAGGGCAUCCCCCUCUACUGCGUCGAGUUCGCACGGGUUGUCAAAGACUCGCCGGGAGGAGCCAUCAGCGAGCUACCGGAUACCAUCACAGGAGCCAUCCUCCUCCGCAUCGACCGCCUCCUUCCCGCCCCAAAGCUCGUCCUCAAGAUCGUAGCGGUGGCUGGGAAGAACGUCCGGGCGUCGCUCAUUGCCGACGUCGUGCCGGCGCAGUUCACAACGGAGGAUCUGCAGGCAGAGCUGGAGUACCUCGUGUCGCUCGACAUCCUCAUUCGCGACCGCAACGGCUACUGCUUCCGACACGAGAUGGUGCAGGAGGUCGUUCUCGGCUUCCUCACGUUCUCUCAGAAGCGAUUCCUACACAAGAGGAUCGCAAACUACUACGUCAACUCCAACGCUGAAGUCUCCGCGGCCACGUUGGCGAUUCACUUCGAGCUGGCGGCCAAGGGGAUGGACCAGUCUGAGCUCGACGUGCCGGCAUGCAAACGAGCCAUCUGGUUUCUCAAGGUGGCAGCAGAAGAAGCGAUGAAGGCUAACGCCAUUGAGGACGCCAACAAAUAUCUCGCGAGGUGUCACGACCUGAUGCACCUGAUCCCCAGCAGCGCCGAUCCCUUCGACCUCGAGAUGGCACUCGGGCUUGUCGAUGGCAACGAGCUGCUUCUCCGCCAGGUGCUCGAGCAGUUCCGGGAGAACUCGCAGACGUCGGUCAGAAAGAUCUCCGAAGUCGUCCAGGAGCGAGAGGACACGGGAAGUGACAGCGCCAAGAUCGCAGAGAAGGGGAAGGAGUGGCUGGAGGCGAUCAGAUUCGAAGCUCGAAGCAUCGCAUCCGCUGCGAGCACUUUGGGAGCAGAAGACUUGUCGACAUCAGCAUUGGAUGUGGAGAACUCAGCUCUCGAAGUGCAGGACUGGCAGGAAGUUUUGGCGGCCAUCAAGAGACUGGGGGAGAAGUUUUCUGUGUUGUGCAAUUUUAUCGACAGCAUGUCGGGCAAGGGGCUUCAGAGGGAGGGAGAUCGAAGCUCGCUGAGCAUGGCGACUGCCAGCAACCAGGACCGCAAGGAGGAGAGCAACGACUCUCCGAACCUCUCCCCCGAUGUCGCCCAGGACAGCAUGAAAUGUUCCGAUCGUGAAGCCUCUGUCGGCACCCCCUCCAAGCUGGUGACGGGCAAACGUGCGGAUCCUUCCCAGCUGCACCAGGUCAGCCAAGAGAUCUUCAUGCUGAGAGCAGGCGCCUGGGGGGCAGGGGAUGCCCUCCAGCACGAAGAGACGCGAAGUCUCUCGCUGACCAGCAAGAACACACAACACCGAGAGCACUUGCUCCAACUCACUCGCCGUUCGGUUCAAAACUUUGACAAGAGAAAAAUCACAGCGGAAGUCCGGCUGCAACUUGAGCAACGCAACAAGCUUCUCGUCGCUCUCGAGCGAAACUGCCGCAAAUCUGCCAGGAAACGAGCGAGCAAGCAGCCUGGCUGUCUGCCUCUGAGGCUCGUCGGAGAAACGAUCAAGCGCGAGAUGCCGGGUCUUGGUGCUGGACUCGAGCAUGUCGAGGCUGGUGAGGCCGCUGCCGAAGCCAACAUGGCACACCAGCUCCACCUCCUUGGACGAGGUCUGACCCAUUAAGAGCUGCCGGUAAGCGACCAAGUGAUCCAGACAGAGGCCCUGGCAGGAGGCGCGAUGCUCAGACCGCAGCUUC